AUGACAAAACUACCAGCUUUAAUAUUCUGUUUCUUAUCGUACGUUUACUCUGCUUCUACUGUCAACAAUUUGGCCACUAAGCUAGGUAUGUUGUUACAAAAGGUUUCCGUAUUUUACCUCAAAAUUUUUGAGAAAAGAAGCUUUUAAAGAGCUGUUUCAUAAUUUUUCUUAGAAGUUUAAAAAAUAUUGUUAUAGAUCGUUCAAAUAAUUUGGAGCUCUUCAAUUUUAAAAACUUGCUUCAAAGAAAGCACAAAAUUAUUUGAACAAUCUAAUAUCAACAUAAAAUUUUGAAGUUCUCACGUAAAUCUAUUAACUUCGAAACAAAUUACGCAUGCAAAUGUAAAGUUUUUACUUCCUUACAUUGUUAACAUACUAUAACAAAAGAAUUUAAUGAUUUACCACGACAAUAGCAUCAUUAAAACAACAAAAGAAAGCUUUUAGCCAACGAAUGUUUUACCCCAAUAUUACGUCGAGGAAUAUCAAAUGCUGUUCCUAUCGCUGAGCUAUGGAAUGUCAGUCCCUUUGACUGUGUUUCAUACUGUGUUUUGAACACUGUCAAAAGUGGGGUGAGUAUAUAAUAUUCAAUUUUUUUGUUUAGCGAAGUCUUUUUUUUGUGUUUAAUCUUUACCCUUUUCAACUAAUUUAAAAUUUUUUUGUGAAUUAGAACCCAUAAAAUUAAAAAAAGCAAUCACAAUGUUUUAGGAUGGUUGCUCAUCUUUAGUGUAUCAUAAAAACUUCAAAACAUGUCAGCUUUACAAUCAUGAUGGCAACUAUGAUGGCUCAAAAAUAGUCUUUGCUCCUGGGCAUGAUUAUUAUAAUCGAACUUCUUUUACCGGCAUUUGUGCUGAUCCUAUUGGUAAGUAUACUCGUUUUUAAUGUAAACCGGCUCUGUCAGGGAAAAUGUUUUUAAAAUUUUUUUAAAACGAGUUUAUUUGUGUAGAUGAGGUUUGGUAAAAUAAAACAAUCAAAACUUUUUAGGGGUUUUCAUAAUAUUAGGUGCAGGGUCGGGCGGGGACUUUUGGUCUGGGGGCGGGGGUCCAAAAAAUCGGCACAGGUAGCCCUCACCUGUGCCGAUUUUUUGCGAAAUUUUUUUUUCCGAAAAUCCACAGGGGGGGGGGACCACGUUCAAUUUUUUUUCAAAAAAUUUUUUUUCUGCGGGGGGAGGGGGGGGGGAGGGUACCCCCCGUCCCCCCCCUUGCGCCCGGCCCUGAUUAGGUGCCAACAUAAAGACAGGUUCUUUAGUCGGCAUCUAAUACAUAAAUGCGCCAAAAGUUCUGUUACAAAACUUUACCGGUGGUUUUCUGUACGUUGUGGUUAAAUUAUUUAAAAUUUUUUAUUUUAGCUUAUUCUCCCUGUUUUUUUAUUGUAUAAUCAUAAAAUUUAAGUCUUCAUUCUCUACCGUCUGUCUGGAUUUAGAUGUCAAACAUGAGAGCUAUCGUCAUCAAAUUAUGUAGAAGAUUUAACUUCAAUUUUUGUUUUAAUUUUUUAAAAAUUUAUAAAAAACGUCGUAUUUUACACUAUUUUUUAUUAAUAUUGAGUUUUUAAAACUAUAGUUCACAUUAAUUUUAGCCCCCUCAAGACCCUAUCCUCAAGGCCAAACUCGUCCAAAGGCUCAUUCCAUUAACACAUUGAGAGCUGACCAACCAGUCCAUGUUAAUCCAGUACAACAAAAGUUUGGAAAGAAGAGUGAACACUACUUUUUAUCGAAUCUACCUACUACAACAUGUAAAGAAGACCAAAUCAACGCUUACAUCUUGGCCUCAAGCUUUGGAUUGGGUAACAAUGAAAGUCCUAGAGUAGUGAUUAAUGGAGUUGAUCGUGAAGGUUGUAGCAACUACUGUACUCAGAAUAUUGUAAGGGUUAUGUUGUAGAAAUGUGUCUUAGUUUUAGCAUUGAUUUUUGAUGAUAAUUGAAGAUAUUUUAGACAACUUCUUUCAUAAAAAACGGAACCUUACUGCGUAUUUUACCUUAUAGAUAAAAACAGUCUUUUUUCAGAACGCCGUAGGCGACCGUAGCAGUUGUAUCCUCUUCACUCAUGACAGUAUUGAAGAAACCUGUAGUCUGUACGAUGAAGCUGUGAAAGAAAUUGGAAUUUUCACCAAAAUUGAACCCAGAUUAAAGCCAUUUUCUGUAGCUGAAAGAAUUUGCAUAAGCAAGAACGUUGGUUGUGAAGAUGGUAUCUCAGCUUUCAGUUUGAUAUACAAACAAAAGAUCAAUGGAUACGUGCUUGGACAAGUCAAUAACUUGGAAACUAUAGUAGAUUGUCUCAACAUUUGCUUCGGGAAUCCACAGUGUAAAGUAAGUUUUUGA